UCAAGCAAAUGGGUAAAGGAACCACAAGGUAAAAAAAUGGCACAAACUUUGUUGAUGCCUUCAUUUUGGAAUACUGUUGUGUUUGCCCUUAAGGUCUCGGGUCCUCUCAUCAAAGUACUUAGAUUGGUUGAUACCGAGAAGAAACCUCCCAUGGGAUACAUUUAUGAGGCAAUGGAUAGGGCAAAAGAAUGCAUUGCAAGUUCAUUUGAUCAUAAAGAAGAGAAGUAUAAUGAAAUCUUCGAAAUCAUCGACAAAAGAUGGGAUGUCCAAUUGCAUCGGCCUUUACAUGCAACUACGCAUUUUCUUAACCUAGAAUUUUUUUACCCAAAAGCGUUGGAGGUGCGAAAAGAUCAUGAAGUGAUGAAUGGGUUUUAUGAAUGCAUGCAAAGGUUGGUUCCGGAUGUCACUGUUCAAGAUUUGAUCACUAAUGAGAUGAGUAUUUAUAUGAAGGCUGAGAGUCUUUUUGGCAAGUCUGUUGCGAUUAGGCAAAGAAAUACAAGAGCACCAGCUGAUUGGUGGGCAUCAUAUGGUUCUUAUACUCCAAACUUGCAAACUUUUGCCAUAAAAAUCCUUAGCCUAACAUGUAGUUCAUCGGGUUGUGAACGAAAUUGGAGUGUAUUCGAACAUGUGAGUAUUUAACAUUCUAACUAAUUU